AUUUUUGUGAAUUGUACAGUAUAUCCGUUCGUUUUCCGCCCCGAACGAAGUGCUAAGCCGAACCGACCAUGGAAGCGGAGUCACAGCAGCAGGAAUCUGCUUCAGCAGGCGAUUUUCAUGACGACGUCCCCAACGACAACUCGGAGUCGUACUGUCGGCUGUGUCUCUCGGAGGAGAAUGUCGUCGCACUGUUCCCGCCGGAUGGAGGCUACAUCCGGGAACUGACGGAGAAGAUUCGCACCUGUGCGGGUGUCAAAAUAUCGAUCCGAGAUGACUAUCCGGCCGGAAUCUGUCAGUCAUGUGUGGCUUUCCUGGACGAGGUGUACCAGUUCCAGAAGCGGAGCCAGCACUGCGACGAGGUCAUCCGGACCAAGCGGAACAUCCUGGAACCGCAGAUUCACGUUAAGGUCGAAAUGCGAGAAGACGACGGCAAUGGACGCCCAGUUGGUGGGAUAGAGGGUAUAAUGCCACAGGAGGAUCGGGAACACGGGUACCAACCGGACGAUUGCCUGACGGAAAGCAGUAUUAUAGCGGAUGCCAUAACCAGCUUGAACGGGAUCGGAGAUCUGAUGGGGGCAAUGGAUCAAACGGUGUUUCCUAAGAUGGAAGCAUCGGUCGCGGCCAAUGCAAACAAGGAACACCGCUGCAUGGUUUGCAGCCAGGUGUUCCCAGAUCGGGAAUCGUGGAUGAUUCACCUGGGAGACCACGCCGAGGACCGACCCUAUCAGUGUCUGGAGUGCUUCGCCCAGUUCCGGGAGAAGCGCUCUCUGGCCAGACACAUGAAAGCCGUCCACGAGGAGGUGCGGGACCGGAAGUGUCCCUACUGCCCGAAGUCGUUCAAAUACAGCCAUCACCUGCGAUAUCACAUCCGAACGCACACCGGCGAGCGGCCGUACGUUUGCGACAUCUGCCAGGAUAGCUUCUCGCAACACAUCCAGUGGAAACGGCACCAGGCCAAGCACCAGCAGCGUCCGGAUCAGAUCCAGGUGGCGCGGACCGGUAUCGUCGCGGAGGAUUCUUCGAUCAAGUGCGAGUUCUGUCCGAGGGUUUUCUCCCGCCUACAGGACUACCGACGACACGCUCCGAGCCACAAUGCGGAGAAUCUUAAUCUGGACAGCCUGGCCAAGCAUCAGCUGGCCAACUUGCAGACGUUGCAUCAACGUUAGGUUUAGGGCGAAUUUUUCUUGACAUAGCUGUUAGAAAUAAAGCAAUCCGAACGGU